CAGGCACCACCUGGGUCCAGGUAUCUGGAGAAUAAGACAAAAACCGCCCAACAACGCAGCCGGCUGAGACCAAGCAGGACCCCAUUGGGUUCGCUCUCGCUGCUAUUAUUAAUAUUGUUAUCCUCAAUACGCUCAACGAUGUGAUGUACACAAUAUGCUGUGUGUAUUCCUGUGAUGCCAUCCUCCUACAUUAUUUAAUUUAAACCAUUAAUAUGAAUUGUUUCAUUCACAUGAGCACACAAUGGCUUUAUGUUUUAGCUACAUAUUUAUAAAAACUGUUUAAAAAUGGGUGGACCCGUUUUCUUACAACUAGACCAACAAGUUCUCCCAAACAGGAAAUACAACCAGUGCACCCCUCAUAUCCUCCAUAUCCUCAUUCUCUGAUCUGCUGCUGGAAUUAAUGGGAUCCAAUCCAGCAUGGAAAAAUUGUAGCCAUGGCAACUAGACGUUGGUAGAAGUAAGCAGGGAAGUUUUUUGGUGAAAAAAUGUACCUCAGUCAGACUUAGAGAUUCAAUUUGUAUACAUAAGAUUUUUUCUCCAGUCUAUUGAAGCAUAUCCAAUGCAAAAUGCAUUACUAACUGAAUACAUAAAAUAAAAUAAAUAAACUCUCAUUUCUAAGCAACUUAAGUACACUUUCAGAAGAUAAAGAACCUACCUUUCGAUAUGAUGUGUCACUCUUAACCUUGCUCAAACAAAUAUAUGUUUAACAGCGGUCUAUUUUACAAAACCACUUCAGCCCCUGUGGGAAGAGAACGUGCCUCUGAUUCCCGUCACACCUCACAGCCAAUGAGACACCAGUUCAGGAAGUGUGUACAGCGUGUUGAACAAUAGACCGCUGUGGAUAAUCCUCACUCCAGCACUGCAAACGCUGUCAUCUGCAGGUAAAGAAAGCUUUUUUUCUACAGUAUUUCUCCCCGACAAACAUCUACCGGGUGUAUUAUUUAUUAUAGUCACAUUUUGUUUUGAUGAUCAAAAUAAGAGUUGAAUUCUUUACCGAAUAACGUCAACAGAAUUGUUAUUUGAAGGUCAAACAUGUUUAAACACGUUGGCUGUAAUCAAUUUUUUAUUUUUUAUUUACUAAAACUACUCCAACAGGCAUACAUAGAUGUAUGAUAGUUCAUUUUAUCAAAUUUGAAAUACGGACUACACAGAUUUUUUACCUAAAUGUAUCUUUCCGAUGCUGUGUAUCAUUAAGAGAAUUUGAGCACUAUAAACAUGUUUAAAGUGUAAACAUGGGUGCUCCAUGUUUCAUUUGACAGGAAGAACAAUUCUGCAGUUUUAUUAUUGAGGGAGAAGGAGGGGGUGGGUAGGGAUGAAGGAGGCGAAAUUUGUUGUUUGAUACGUAAUUGAGAUCCCAGUUUAGAUGUAUGGAAACAUACUAUUGUAGGAGGAGGGGUCACCACGGUGCACAGCAAAAUCCUGCAGGGUGCGUGUCCUGAUUUGAGCCUUGCUGUGAUCUUCUCCUGCAUAAGCGCAUGCUCUCUUUUUGCAUAUGCAGGUUAACGCUUCGGCGAUAACAAUGUCGGGCGUCAAAGGGAACAGGUGCUCAUCGGUGGUACGGAGGCUGAUUCUCUGGGUUUUACUGACCAACGUCUUACUGGUGCUGUACUGCUUGACGAACUCACUCCAAGGAAACAAUGGGAGCUUCCAGCAAGCCACGUGUCCUCUAACUGUGGCAAAACUUCUAAAGAAGAAUGUCAGCGUCCCUCGUCACAGCACCAAAUCAGGAGAGUGCUCCCCCAAAGUGAACAUCAUGUUCAUGAAGACCCACAAAACCGCCAGUAGCACCAUGCUCAACAUCCUCUUCCGAUUCGGGGAAAAGCACAAGCUGAAAUUCGCCCUCCCCAAUGGGCGCAACGACUUCUUCUACCCGUCACCUUUCCGGUGCUCCCAGGUGAAGGACUACAGGCCCGGGGACUGUUUCAACAUCGUUUGUAACCACAUGCGCUUCGACCAUCAAGAGGUGGCCAAGCUCCUGCCUCCGGAUGCUGUGUACAUCACCAUCUUACGUGACCCGGUGGCCCUCUUUGAGUCGGCCUUCCACUAUUACCACCGAGCGGUUCCUCUCACCUGGAGGAUCGACGGAGAGGACAAACUGGCACGGUUUCUAAACAGUCCUCAGAGCUUCUACAGCGCAAACGCUUUCAACGCCUUCUACCUUAAGAACUUGCUCCUGUUUGACUUUGGGCUGGACAACAACCUCGAGGCCGACGAUCCCCGCGUAGCCAGGAUUAUUAAUGACUUGUCAAAACGUUUCUAUCUGGUGCUCUUCGCAGAAUAUUUCGAGGAGUCUCUUGUCCUGCUUAAGGACACGCUGUGUUGGACCACGGAGGACAUCCUGUAUUUUAAACUCAAUGCUCGCAGGAGCUCAUCCGUGUCUCACCUGACCCCCGAGUUGAGAGCCAAAGCUUUACAGUGGAACAAGGCCGACUGGAGGCUUUACCAGCAUUUUAAUGCUACCUUCUGGGCCAGAGUGGAGGCGUACGGGAGAGAAAAAAUGAAACAGGAGGUCAAUGAGCUGAGAAGAAGAAAUUCUGAGAUGAAGGAGAUCUGUAUCGAGGAGGGAGCGGCGGUUGAGGCCCAAAAUAUUCAAGACAGACGUUUCCUGCCCUGGCAGCCAAUCGGAGAGGCUUCCAUCCUGGGGUACAACAUGAAGAAAAAUAUUGAUCCCAAAUUCAGGACAAUCUGUGAGAAAAUGCUCACACCUGAAAUUCAGUACUUGUCCAAACUGGGCGUAAGCCUGUGGCUCACUAGACUCUGGGGUUGGUUAAAAGAUGCUGUUUGGAUUUAAUUCAAACAUUUAGAACAUACCAAAUUCUCCUGUAACAUGUGGGUAUGUUUUUCAGUACCUCUAUAAUGUCAUUUUCGAUUUGUUUUAAGAGAAGAAUUCAUAUUUUUUGCUUUGUGGAACAUGGUGUUUUUUUCACCACUCCCAAAUAGGUAAACAGGUGGGUUACGCAAUACCUCCUCUUAUCAAUAUUAGUUGGCUGUUCAUAUCUUCAUAUACUGUAUUAUUGUGCAUUUUAAAUCCUAAAUGUAAAAGCUUAUGCCUAUUUUUUUGUCCUGUACCUGCAGCAAUAACACUAACAAACACUGAGGUCCUCAGUGGUUUUUAUGUUGUCUGUAAAACAAUUAUAACGUGUUGCCCAGAGGCCUGAUCUGUAGGUACAGUUGGAUUCAUUUGGAUCAUAGCGGCCUUGUGUCACCUGGUCAUGGCAGUUUAUUUGUCUAUAUACCCGUGACAGUUUGAUAUUGCAAGUCACAUUUCUUUGUGUUCAUUUUUGCUUGAUUUAUUUAUAUUUUGGUAAAGGACAAAAGCUAUAUUUUGUCAAUUAUUACACUCUGCUGAACCAUCCACCUUGCACUCUUCAUUGAAAGACCGCCUGUCUACUCACUUUGACAUCUGAUUCAGCCUUUUCAAGAGAUAUUAUAAAACCUAUACACACACACACACACACACACACACACACACUGAUGUCUCAAAAGGACACCAUGUCCAUUGUAUAUUUUUUUAAAAGCUAGCAAACAAGCAGUAAGCAAAAAACAUCAGUUUUAAGACACACAACUAUGCAAAGCCCAUUCCAUGUCUAACCAAUUGACUCAAUGCAUUUCUAUAUGAAGCUAGUGACACACUUUAAGAUGAUAAUGUGAUCAGGGUAUGUGUCUAU